CUCACGAUGGCACCAACCACCCGUUCCAAAACCACAAAGACCUCUGUCAGCAAGUCCCGUACAGCCAAGUCUUCCAAAACGGUGAACAAGACUGCGGUAGAGGCUUAUGCCUUGAAAGCAAAGAAUGUCGCGUCCACCUUGGAGGGCGAGCUUGAGGGGACCUCGGACGGCUUGCAGAAAGCCGUCUGGUCCCUGAAGGCACGUGCAGACGAGCUCGAGGCCGAGUUGAGUGCGGUAAAAGAAGAGCCUGGGGAGGCCAUGCCGGUUGAUGAAGACCCCGAAUGGGAAGAAGAUGCGCCGAGUGAAGCAGAAGACGAAGCUCUCUUCGUCUCUCGAACGGCUCUGCCUAUCAUCGUUACAGACGAUCCGCUUGAGGAUCCGUGCGACCUAGUAACGUCUGACAAUUUUGGGCACCGUGCUGCGGAUGACGAGGAAGGAGACGUCACCAAGUACGGCUAUCUCCGUGGGCGCGGAUUCAAUCGAUACCACGAUGUCGUCGGCCGAGGACCACCUAACGCCGAGAAGCUGGAGCUCUUGCCGUCUUACGGGGUCCAUGGCCAGAAGUGUCUCAACGACGAAAGGCGCGACCCGAACCAGAUACGCUCCGAAAAGCAAGACGGAAGACUCAGAAUCGCCAUUCAAGGUGUUGCGUGGGUUAUUCCAGAGGGCCAUGAGGAUCCGAUCAGGUUGCUGGAUCCGAAAUAUCUGGAGGUGAAGGCAAAAGACGACGCGCACUCCGAUGAAAAGGGUGCGGGGAGAAAGCAGCGAAGGAAGCCCCUCCCACAUACCGUAGUUAAGGUAAAGUGGUUGAAUGAAAACAACCAGAAAACCUUCGAGACGAGGUCCACAGUCAGGUCGGUUUUCGGCAUGAAGCCAAUGGCCGCUGUCCGAGACUAUACGAUCGGGGACCGAGUCAUUCUCGCCAAGGGCACGGUCAUGCCAGCCGCCGACCUGGCCAUCUUCUCAGCUGCCAUCAUCUCUUGGGACCGUCAUGAAGAGUGGAAGAGGGGUGAUCGGAAGAGAGAAGAGCGCAGCCCCACGCCUCACGAUCCGCUGGAGGUGACAAAGCCCAAGCGUGGCGCGAAAAGAGCGGCCAAGUGACGGAGGAGCUAGUUAAGCGCGUCUCAUUUCCGCCAUGAAGCCCAAUGAUCUUAGGGCAUAGAUCGACGUUUGGUUGCCUGGAUCGUUGUGUCGAAUCUUUCUUCUCUUUCCUGGUCCUGACCCUUUCCUUUUUCCUCAGCUAGAUAGUACAACAGUCGGAAUUUGGGUUCUUCUGCAUUUCACCAUGUUUGUCCCCUAGUCUAUGUCGCAAUCGCAAAUUCAUCCACGCUAAGACAAACCCCUAAACUAAGUCGUUCCCUUACUCCGACCUUAAUGUACCACAGAAUCAACUCCUAUAUCUGAGACAGGAAAAUGCCGGGGCGUCUGUGUUAUGUGUAAGCUGUUUUUGCAAGAGCCGUGUGACUUGAUCACGUACUCUGAUAUUUCUACCAGUCAUAUACUGGUCUUGAGAUGCAUUCCAUAUCUCAAACGACGGUUCUGUUUCUGCUUCUGAGUGCGGGACGUACACGUUGUUGCUAUCUAUCUAG